AUGGAUUACUCAAUAGGAGGUGGCAGUGAGUCCGGUGAAGAAGUCAAUGGUAACUUUCGAGAUGAUGGAAAAAAACCUUCUCACAAACGUCUUACCUCCGCUCAAACAUCCAUACUUAAAAAUUUCAUGAAGGAAUGCCACCAUCCAGACGAGGCACAACGAUGUCAAUUGGCUGUGAAAAUUGGGCUUGAGCCCAAACAAAUCAAGUCUUGGUUUCAGAAUAAGAGAGCUAUGUUGAAGCAUCAACAUGAGCGAGAAACAAAUGGUACUCUUCGUCGGGAGAAUGACAAGAUUCGUAACGAGAACCUCAAAAUAAAAGAGGAACUGAAAGCCAAAAUUUGCUUAGAUUGUGGGGGUUCACCAUUUCCUAUGAAAGACCAUCAAAAUUUCGUGCAGGAGAUGAAGCAAGAAAAUGCUCAGCUGAAACAAGAGUGUGAGAAAGUGUCUAGCCUUCUUGCAAGUUACAUGGAGAAAAAGAUAUCACGACCGGAAUUUGAGCAAGCUCUUAAGUCUAUAAAAUCAUUUCCAAGAGACUAUGAAUGCUCAAGUCAUAUGCAAGGUAAUCUAGUUAUGUGGGGAGGUGUGCUAGGGCAAACCUCAACACAAAACUAUGAUGCACAAAAGAUAACUAUGUCUCAAGUUGUAGAUGCUGCAAUGGAUGAAUUGGUUAGGCUUGUGAGAGUUGAUGAGCCUUUUUGGGUCAAACCUUCAAAUACUCAAGAUGGGUACACUCUUCAUCGUGAAAAUUAUGAGCAAGUUUUUCCCAAGAACAAUCAUUUUAAAGGUGCAUAUGUGUGCGAAGAAUCUUCCAAAUAUUCAGGAUUGGUGAAGAUUAGUGGCAUAGAGUUGGUUGGCAUGUUUCUCGACUUGUACUAA